AUGUUGUCGAUCAUGCUUCUCGGAUUGAUCUUGAGAAUAGCAUCUCUCUCAUCAGCCCACCCAGCAUCAUCCAAUCCAGCUUCAAAACUCACCAACUCAACCUGGUUCUCGGGCAAUUACGGCCCAACCUACAACCCCUCCGACUGGCCCACCCUCCUCACCAUCAAAACCGAGCCCGACAUCUGGCACAACUGCGCCACCUUCGCCGACUGGGACUCCGACAAUACCCUCAAAGUCUACGAAUCCAGCACUACACAUCAAGUUUACUGCUGGGUAAACGGCACGCUCGAAGACGACGCUGGAACUACUCUACUCCGCACAACAGACGAUUGUUACAUCAACGAGGAAUUUGUACUAGACGGUGAUCAGAGCACGGAUGCGAAUGGGAUGUAUAAUGGGACGGUGAUCGAUUAUACGGAUCCGGCAGUGUUGCCGUGGUGUGGGGAGGUGAGGCCGUAUGGAAUUCGGUGGCCGGAGGAGAGGUGGAUGAAAUUGGGUGUGACGCAUUAUUAUGGGCUGCCUUGUUGGAGGAGGCCGGAUGGGAGGUGGAAUCAGACGGCUGGAAAGGUUGUGGGAGGGAUGUUGGAUGUGGUACAUGAGAAGACGGUUUGGAAUUCGCAUUAUUGGUGUUGGGUUACGGGGUCGGUGUUUAAUACUAGCAGCAAGUGGUAUGAGUAUGGAGUGACAAUUGAUAAUGAAAGGUGCUGGUUGCCGGAGGAGUUUUUGAAGCCAUACAAAGCUCUUCCUGGAGGCGACGAAGAAUGUCCAUGGUGGGAAUGGCCAUGACUGAACGAUAAGGAUUACAUGAAAGAUGCUGUUAGGGCUAGAUUUGAGUGUUUUGAGGCUCUCUUUUGGUGAUGUGUGGCAACUGAGAAGAAUUCACUUGAACAACUCUUUCAGACCACAAGGGUUCAUUUACUUAAGUUUGCAGCCCAUGUGUAAGCACGUAAGCCUUCCUAAUUUGUCUGUCAAAUGGUCAAAACUAGAUCUUUUG